CUUGCACUCUCACCACAUGUCUUGCUGAUGGCCAUAUCCCUGCAUCUGAGCUAUACUGCUGCUCUUGCCACUACUUUCCUUGGUGCUGCUGCCUCAGCCCUUGUCUAUGUACAUAUAUCCAGCAAGAAGCUAGGGAAGCUGCCUCCAGGCGCCCAAGCUCCCGUACUACUCAUUAGCUCGACAUUUCAUUCACGAUUCAAGCCGGUACUGCACAGCUUUCGCUAUCCAGUCUUGUAUAUAGGCGUUGAACUAGACUCUGAAGGAUACGCUGAUGAGUUAUUCAGCUUUGGAACAAGCUGUUGGCGACUACUUUCCCUUCACGCCAGUGACUAUUUGUCAUCAAGGCACGAAGGCUCACUCAAGGCGAAGCUCUGGGCGCAUCUCAAGGAUCAUGACAUCUCAACAGAUAAUCUUCACAGAGCGUUUCUCAUAACAACUCCACGGUUAUUGGGAUACGCCUUCAAUCCAGUUUCCUUCCACUACAUUUACGACCAAAAAGACGUCCUGCGCGUUGUCGUGCUCGAAGUCAACAAUACCUUUGGCGAAAAGCACAUUUAUGUCUUGAAGCAAGGAGAUGCUGCAGAACAUGUGCGUCAUGGCUACCAUUCUGCGCAAACCUUCUCAAGACGCUUCCACGUCUCACCCUUCAACGAUCGCUCUGGUGCAUAUCAGCUACAAUGUCGAGAUCCCUUUGAGGAAACACCCAUCAGUGUCGGUAUGCACUUGACGAUGCUCGCUGAAGACGGAUCAAAAAAAUUGACGGCGCAAGUCAAUUCUAUUGCGGCACCUGUUUUGACUAGCCAUCGUCUUGUCACCUACUGGACAAUUUUGAAACAUGGAACAGCAGUGUUCAUGACUGUACCGCGCAUCCUUGCUGAAGCAUACAAACUUCAUUACAGCAAGAAGCUGGCCGUGUUUCUUCGACCUGAGCCAUUUGAAGAACUUUCUGCGAUUGGCAGGCAAGUUGCCACGCCGAUGGACAUGGCUUACCAAGAAAUGCUAUUGAGCUUCCUGAAGAAACGCAUACAAACGUGUCCAGACUUACCAACGGUAGAGUUCAAGAUCUUGCCUGCACCACCAGCUCAAGCAACAGUCAUGGUGCCGGGAGGUAAAGACCAUUUGACCAUUACCGUGCUCUCUUGGGCAUUCUUCUCAGCGAUGUACACACAUACCUCACCAGCAGCCGCUUUAUUGACAGAAUCACUCGCCUUGUCGAGUCCCAUGUUUCGCGUAUCAGACACGACGCUCUUCCUGGACUUGUUUCCAGAUGGUCGUCAUAGCAGACUUCAGAGAUUGCGGAGUAGAUUGGUCGGGCCUGAUGAAGAGACUAUCGAGGCACUCAAGGGCAGUCAGCUGGAUGAUCGUCUAAGACUUGUUCAUCAACGCUUGAACUCCCUGGAUGAGCAUGUCUUGCAGUCAGCAACAGGAUGGCAAGCGAUAAGGUACCAAUGCAGCAUCCUGUCUGCCCUCAUUCUUGGUUACCUUGGCAAUACGGCCUUUUCCAGACUUGCUACGUUUGCAGGGGAAGCUGGUGCCCCUUCUGAUGCAUGGCGGCGAGUCAGGCUGUAUGUUGCUUCUCUGUAAUUUAUUAGGUGACUGUUCUGUGACCCAAUGGCAUCUGGUCAACGUUACGUGUAUAAAUCGACCGC